UACAAAAGUAAAAGAGUAAAAGUAAAAGAGAUAGACGUCUUUCCUAGAUUUAGAUCUCUAGAUCUAUAUUAAUAUUAGUAGAAUCUAUAUAGGCAUCUAGAUCUAGUCAAUCUAGACUAAAUCUAUGUCUAGAUCUAGAUAAUAGAUCUAAUUAGACUAAUGGAUAUCAUAAAGUUAAACCUAGAUUAGAUCUCUCUCAAGACUUAAGUCUGUUCUCACUCUGUGUCACAGUGUCAUGAGUGUGUGUCUGUGAAACAGUGCUGUAACUAGAUUACUAUGAUCUAGAAUAAUCGUCAAAAGGGUCCUUCGAUGUAAAGUUUUACCAAAUAAUCUAGAUGCUAGACUCUAGUCACUCUAGACUAGUGAAGUGUAAUCUGACAGUUAGAUCUAGAUCUAUCAGUUCUAUCUAGAGAUCUAUUAUCUGCCAGUACCAUUUUAUAGAAGAACAUCAUCAUUUCAUCAUCAUUCAAGUUAACAGUUAACUCAACAUUCAGAUGUCAUCAUCAUUAUCAUGACUUCAUCUGCCAGUGUUUCAAGUAAAGGAAAAGAUAAUCUUUAUAGUGAAUUAAACUAUGAAGAUGCAGGUGAAAAAUGGCACACCACAGGUAAAGAAGCAAAAUCAAGUUGGUUCUCAUCGUUCACAAAUACAAAUCUACCAGCUGAAAAAUUGCAGCCUGACAGUGACUUGAGCUCAAAGUUUGAAAGUAUUCAGAGUGGAAAGAAGAGAAAGCAUCGCAAGCUCAAAACAAAGGAGCAAAAAAAAAAACAUUAUUUGGCAAGAUUAGAGAAAAGAAGAAAGAGGAGAUUGUUUUUAUUGCCAACUGUAGCAAAAUACAGUGAUUUUGUACCAUUGAGAGACAUGUGGAUAAAAUACAUUGAAGACUUGCUAAAUUUUUCUAGCUUGAAUGGUCCUAAUUUGUCAUCAGCAGCCCAGAAACUAAUGAAAGCUGAUUUCCAUGGUUGCCCAAUUACAGUUGAACAGUCCACGUGCCCUGGACAUCUUGGCUUACAGGGCAUUGUGAUAACAGAAACACAGAAUACGUUUUCAAUUGUCUUGCCAAAUGAUACAGUGAGAUGUAUUCCAAAAUGCAACAACAUUUUUAGUUUUGUACUGCACCACCAUGUGUUUACAAUUUAUGGCAAUCAGUUAAAAGUAAAGCCAGGAGAGAGAUCUGGGAAAAAAUUUAAAUCGAAACCUACAAUUGACAUGUAGUCUCUAACCACUACUAGAAAUGGUAUCAAAAUCUUGGUAAUAGUGUACAGAUCUGUUGGUUUACUUUUUUUUUUUCCAUAUAUAUAUAUUUUUUUAGACUUGUCAUUUUCAUAUUUAACUUGGACCACAUUACUUAAAUAUUUCUCUAACAAUAACUUCCUUUAACCUUUCUUGUUUUUUAAAAAAAUACAUUUAUAUCCUUUUUUUAAAAUUACAACAACUGAUGAAUGAGGAUAAGAUUCAAGUAUCAUCUCAAUAACUGUGGUCUCGACUGGGGCACAGUCCACCAACCAGCUUCCUCCAGGCAUCUUGUUUCUGGGCCAGUCUCUGCAACUGUCCCACAUCUUGCCCAUCAUGCAUUUCAUCUGCUUCCAAAUUGUUGUGUCAUGUAUUCCUGAGCCCUUCCCUCUUCAUCUUUCCUUGGGGGCUCCAGGUGAGUGCUUGCCUUGUAAUGUUGGACGCAGGAAGAAAUGAACACAGAUUGUUCAAACAAUUAUAUGUCAGGACAACUGCUUUGUCUGCAUUUAGAUAUGACAAUAUAUGUAAGUUGCAACUGGUUUUGCAUAGUGAAAUACUGCACUCAUUCCUAAUUUUCAGAAUCAAAGACAUAUCCAUUAUCUGGCAGGUAUGUUUAUGAACUGUUUUUUUUAAUGUCUUUAAUGUGCUUUUGCUAUAUAUUAAAUUAUAUUUAUUCAUAGAAAAAAAAUGUGCACAUUUAAUUUUAUAUAAUGCCUCCUUCAGUCUGGAAGUGACUUUAAAUCAUCUCAUAGAAGUGAGAUGACUGCAGUCACCGACACAGCUGAUGUCUUAAGGAAUGGUAAGUGCUAAUAGAUUUUGGGAUCAGCAGUGUUGCAGGCUCAUUUAGGGUGUAGCACUGUGCUGCAAGCUGCUUAAGGGUCACCAGCUCCUAAUUUUUCUCAGGGUUGACUCUUUAAGCCUUUCCCAUUUUAGGGUAUAGCUGAAAGGCAGCAGAGGUUUAAUUCAGAGUUUUCAUAGUAGAAAAACUAAUAAGGUCACAAAAAAUUUGCAAAAGAAUAAUUUUGAUUGAAAACCAAUUUAAAAAAUGAUUGAAACGUGUUUGAUUGCUUUAAAAAUGCUAAUGUACAGGAUUUUAACUAGAGAUAAACUUUCAAAUAUAUUUAUUGGGUUAAUUUGAGACAGAAUCAAUAUAUAGUGGUGUAUUCAUAUUUAUUACAGAAAAAUGUACAAUACAACAUUGUAAUGAUAUCAGUAAAUAACAUUAUUUACAAAGUAUCAAUUCAAUUAUUGUGUUCUUGAGAUAUUCAGCUAUAACAAAUCAGCAAAGCUUUUUUUUUUCAACAUAUAAAACAAUAAAAAUUAUAUUUUUUUCUUUUCACUAUUUCUGGUUUCUCUAUCAAGUUUACAUCUCCUCACAAUUCUGUCAAAGUGAUCCAAGUAAAACAGUGAGAUGAUGCGAAAUAUGCCCAUUGUCACUACCUGUUAGUAAAGUAAUCAAGAAACAUUUAGAUAAUGGAAAAUUUGUUUACAAUACUAUUCUGUACCUAUUAAACAAUUAGCAAUGUAACUAUGACCUCUGCAUAUUAAGGAAUUUCUUUUGAAAAUUACACAUUCACUACUCCAUAUUAUCAACUAAGAAUUUUUUAGUACCCUUGUUAAAGUUAUUCUUUUAGCUAAUGUAAAGCUAAAUGUUCUUAUUCAAUUCAUACACUUUUGUACCUGAUGUCAAUUUAUUUUUCUUUUAUAUCUGAAUACUUUCAAUUCUUUUGCUCAUAUAUAUGUUUACUGUACAGUGCAGUACAAUUAUGUUUGAAUAAUUCCUUUCUUUACAGGGUAAUUUCAUUUUCAUGUGUAUGUCUUCAAUUUUUUUGUUUCAUUCUACACAUGUAACUAGCCUAGGUUCAUGUAAACUUUGUUUCAAUUUAAAAUCUAAACUAGAUGCUCUGUAAUAUGAUUUUUAUUUUGUUUCCAUUUUAAUAUCUUUUUUUUUUCCUAAUGUAAGCUACAACCUGUUAAUGCUUUUUUUUUUUUUUUUUUUUCAAUAAGUACAAAUUUGAUUUAAUUAUUUUUGAAAUUUCUAUGUGCAACAAUUUAUAUUUCUUUCAAUAAAACGUUUUGUCAGCUGUUUCCUUUAUGCUUUAUAUGUAACCUGGGAAAAAUACUACAUGUAAUUUAAGUGUAUACUGUAUCAAAAGAUAUUUUAUACUCUACUAUUAAAAAAAUGAUUAUACCUAACCCAAACAUAGGGUCACACUAAAGGAGAAUUUCUGGUCCCGAACAUUGUGUUAAGCAGGGACUCACUGUAAUUUUAACUAUUACUAUUCUCAUCAACUAAAAUGUAUAGACAUAAUCAGGUCAGUUGAAAUGUUUUUUUUAUGCCAAAAUAAUUAUGUGAAUCACUGGGUCAAGGAAAAAAGUUUUUACUGGAAAGGACAAGAAAUACAUUUAGAAAACAAAUAAAAAUGUCAUUGAAGACUCAGUCAAUUAUUCUAAUUUGUGCCAUUUCGUGAUAUCUUGUAAGUCUUGUACCAUCUGCUUCAGAAACUGCUUGGACACAAAGAUAAACUUCACUUCAAGAAUAGUUCUAUUUCUAUGGGACAUAUUUGUGUGACUUACUUGUUGUGUGGCUUCCAUCAAUGAGGUGACAGGAGAGAAACCACAAGUCAGGCAGGAUAGCAUAAUACCAUCUAAACCCAUUGAGCUAAAAAAUCGACCUCGCUAUAAAAAAGAAAAGAUUUUUUUAAUACACAAAAAAAAAAAAUAUAAUCAUUAAAAAAAAUGGAUGGAAAAAAAUAUGAUCAAAUGUUUUUCCUCCACAAGCUACCAUCUUCUACCUAGUGACUCCCCAAGAGAAAGGGUUGGCUAAGAAUAAUAAACAGAUGGUUAAGAACUAAAACAUCUUGGUAACCAAUUUGAAAAUCAGAAUGCCACAGAAAUUAAAUUUUGUGUAAUUACAGAUGAGUGUAAGAAGAAAGAAUCAAUAUUUGACUUACCACUGUAUCUGCCAGUAUAAUUGAUGCAACAUUCUCUGCAGAAAAUAAACCUGAAGUUUCUGAUAUUAAUUUUGUCUCUAAAGGCUGAAAUACAGAGUAGUUAUAUUUAAAUGUUUAAAUAUUCAAAGAAUUUUUUUUUCCUUUCUUCUCUUGUCUUACUAAAACUUAUUUUUGUAUCUCUAUUGGUGGGGUAAAAGUUUUAAUCAACGAAAUAUAAAUAAGCUCACAUAUAACAAAAACAAGAUAAAAUUAAUUUAAUCAGUUGUUGUAAUAGGUAAUUAGGAAAGGUAAAAUACACAACUUGAUAAUUUUUUUUACAAAAAUUUUUUAUGCAGCCAACCAAUUAUGGGCUAACAAUGAAAAAAAAAACAAAAUCAAAUGCUGAAAAAGAUAAUUACUGGGUAUUUAAAACAAACAAACAAAAAAAACUAAUAAAACAUUAAUGUUACAGACAAAAUGUAUCAUACCAGAAAAGUUUGUUUCUAAGGACAAAAGACAAAAAAAAAAAUAAAAUAAAUGUAAGAAUCACAUUUAAAUCAUCAAUACCAACAGUAGAGCUUUGAAGACACGAAACGUACAUAUUCAAGAGUUUUAAGCAAUACUCUUAGAAAAUAGCUCUAGACCUAGACCCAGCUAGAACAGUCUAGAAGUGUGCAGAUAUGAAUAGAUAGAAUUAUAUCCCUUGAUUCAAUUCUAAGCCAACAUGACAUUAACAAUCAAACAGUUUACUGGACAAUUUAAGAAAUUAAGUGUGUAUAUUAAAAGGAAAACAAAAAGUUUAUAACAGUUUUUAGUAUAAAAAUACCUUGUAUUUAAGUAUUAAAAGGAGUUUUCAAAGGAUUUGAGUAUAAUCCCUGCAUUUCAAGGAAGUGUAGUCAUACUUGUUGCUCCUAUGUUGAUGU